UCCAACAGCAAAAAGUGAACAGCGCCCUCUGACAUGUCUGACAAUUUGAGGUGCACGUGCAACAAGAAUAAAAUGGCAGCGCCCUGUGGUGUGUCAUCAUGUCAUGUGUGUGGCAUGGUAGCGAGUCAACACAACAUAAUUAUUUGACAUGCACUGUUUCUGUCGCAUCAUAACUGGUCUAUUUCAAGCUGAACUAUGAUGGUAGACUUUCUCAAGGACGUUAAAAGCAUUUGUUCUUCUGGUCAUGUGCUAUGAGUAUGAAUGAUGAUAAUUGUUUGUUUACAUUUUGACCAGGACCACGUGGAUGACCGUUUCUUCUUCAGAGUUAAUCAGACUGUACAAUGAAUGUACUUGUCCAUAGAGCAGGAAACCUUGCUCUAUGACUUGUCUCACACCGCACGAAUAUGACUAGUUGGCCCAUGUUUGGUCGUAGCAAUCUUCGUCCAAGAAAAGUAUUCAGUAGUCGCUAAAGAUGGCGGACUUGCGAAUAUUUUCAAUCUCACUACUUUGCUUUUUAUCCGCCUCAAUUAUUGCAUGGGUGUACCACAAUCAUGAUUUAUAUGUGCUGUUCAGAAUGCCAGAAACAGAGGAUAAAAUGAGUCAUGAGAUUGUGAUUGGCGUAUUAUCGGCAAGAGAGAACACCGCUCAACGCCAGGCAAUCAGAGACACGUGGGGACAGUACAUUCGAGAUCAUUCCAAGCUGAGAGGCAAGAUGUUAGCGAGAUUCAUCAUCGGAAACCGAGGUUGUGAAAUACCUCACGAGUUCCGGGAAGAUCAGUACUCAUGCCAGUCCAUGUUAUUGAAGACAAAAAAUGUGAAUCUGGAGAAAGAAAUGGUUGCUUUUGACUUUCAGAUGCCAUUGAGUAAAAACUAUGGAAGACGAACCAGUUCAGGAGAAUACUACGGCAUUGACUUCAAAGUUAAUUAUGCUGUGAUUGUGAAGAAACUUGGUGUUUAUGCUGCUGGAUCAUUGGAACAACAGUGCAGUGUGACAUUAUAUGAUACCUGGAGCCAAGAACCCGUCAUCAGUGCAACAUUUCCACCAGGGGACCCAAGCGAACUGCAAGAUGGCUACAGAUAUAGAAAUGUGGAAACAUAUCUCUUUCCCAAAGACUUUGAGGGCACUAUUGUCGUUGGACCUCUUAGUGAGGACAUACAGCUGUCAACAAUCAGCCAAAAUGGAAGGCAAAUUCACAACACUCAUAGGAUUUUAUCCAUAAGAUCGUUUUUACGGACUUGCAAGACGGCAACAUUCCCAAAUGAAAUUGGACUUUUUAACCUGCCUUUCCUGCCAGGAAACUUUAUUUUUGAAAUUUAUAAACCAGAGGAGGUGGAAGGAAUGCUGAAUUCUAGUGCUGCCUUGGUGCAAUCGCAGAUUGAAGUGAAUCGUCAGGAAUCACAAGCUCUUAAAGACGAACAACAGCAUCACAAUGAUCUGCUCCUUGUGGAUGCAGUUGAUAUUUACAGGAACAUCCCACACAAACUACUUCAUUUUUUUCAUUGGGUGACAAGCACCACAGAAGCGAAUUUCAUCAUUAAAACAGACGAUGACUGUUUCAUGAACGUUAAUGCAAUCAUGGAAAUGAUUCAAGAUGGACAGGUUGCUGCAAACAGUCGCACAUGGUGGGGCAACUUCCGUACAAACUGGCCUCUGGAUGUAUUAGGUAAAUGGGCAGAGCAUGACUAUCCAUCCCCAGUCUACCCUGCAUUUGCCUGCGGUUCAGGCAAUUUAUUGACUCGGGAUUUAGUGCAGUGGAUUGCACAGAACUCCCAGUUUCUUCACACUUAUCAAGGGGAGGACGUGUCUAUGGGUAUAUGGCUGGCCUCCAUUCUACCCACCUAUCUGAAUGACAGGAGGUGGCAGUGUGAUGACGAGUGUCAAGAGGAUGCUUUGGUUUUGCCAGAACAGUCCCCUCAACAGCUCCGAGUUUCCUGGCAGAAUUGGAUCCGCUGCCAAAAUCCAUGCAGUUGUGACUGGUUGAACAAACAUCCGAGGUCAUGUUCUGAAUGAAAAGCUGCAAACUUUAUGGCAAGCAAGUGUUUGAUUUGGGCACAAAAUUAAAAACAUGAAUUUCUGUUGAAGCAUCCAGCUAACCUUUCCCUGCAAAAAUGCAGUGCAUAAGGGUGAAUAUUUAAAAUACUUUAACCCUUACCCUACUAGACCC